AUGGAUGUUAUGGCCUUGGUGCAGAAGUACGGUAAACCAGACAUCUUCCUCACCAUGACUUGCAACCCUAAUUGGGAAGAAAUACUUAGGGAGCUUGAACAUGGCCAGACACCACAAGACCGUCCUGAUCUUGUUGUGCGAGUAUUUAAAGCUAAAUUAGAUGAUCUCAAGUUUCAGAUCUUCUAUAAUCACAUCCUUGGUGUUGUUGUGGCGCAUGUCCAUGUCAUCGAGUUCCAGAAAAGAGGUCUACCACAUGUACACUUCCUCCUUAUCAUGAAGUCAGGCUAUAAGCUUACAUGUCCAGAACAGUACAACACUGUCAUUUCCGUAGAGCUUCCAACCAAGGAAAGGUAUCCUGAGCUUCAUGAAAUGGUUGUCAAACACAUGAUGCAUGGUCCCUGUGGUUCGUUAAAUCCUGGUAAUGUAUGUAUGAAGAAUCAAAAUCUCACAUGCAAGAGCUAUUAUCCACGCCAGUUUACUGAUACAACUCUCCAAGGCAAGGACUCUUACCCCAUCUAUAGAAGACGGGAUGAUGGGAAAAAGGUACAUGUAAGAGGGCAUGUCUUGGACAACAGAUGGGUUGUACCAUAUAAUCCUAAGCUACUAAGGAGGUAUGACUGCCACAUCAAUGCCGAGGUUUGUUCAAGCAUUAAGGCUAUCAAGCACCUUUACAAAUACAUCUACAAGGGUCAUGACAGGGCAUCUGUUUCUAUCAAUGAUGCCAAUGGCAAUCAGGAGAUUAAUGAGAUCGAUGAUUACAGGGAAGCUAGAUGGGUAGCCCCACAGGAGGCAUUGUGGAGAAUCUUUGCCUUCGAUCUUAGUGGGAUCUUCCCCCCAGUGCUCCAGCUGCAACUUCAUCUCCCUGGCAUGCAUCUCGUGUCCUACAGGGAUAACGCGGAUAUACGUCAGGUUUUGGACCAACAAAGUGCCUCUGAGACCAUGUUAACUGGGUAUUUUAAGGCGAAUUGUGAGUUCCCGUGGGCACGAAGCAUACUAUAUAGGGAAUUUCCAGAAUAUGCAGUUUGGAACCCUACAUUAAAGAAAUGGAAGAAGAGAAAACAACGCACACAGGUUGGAAGGAUCAUCUCAGCGCAUCCUGCGGAGGGAGAAAGAUACUAUCUAAGGGUACUACUAAACCACGUGGUAGGUGCUACUUCAUAUGAAAAUCUAAGGACAUUUGAUGGUGUUGUCUACCCUACCUUCCGAGAAGCUGCUGAGAAAAGAGGUCUUAUUGAGUCAAACAAUAACAUCGAUGAUUGCCUAACAGAGGCUGAAAUAUUCCAUAUGCCAUCAUCUCUCCGAAGGCUGUUUGCCACAAUAUUGGUUUUCUGCGAACCCAACGAUUCAAUGGGUAAAGACAUAUCAUCAUUCCCUCUUCCUGAGAUUGAAGAGGAGCAUGACACCAUGUAUGGAGAGCUGAGGCUUGUUCGUAAUAUGAGGGCUCAAUCAGAUCCAUGGUUUUCUAAAUACCUACUACGUAUCGGGAAUGGCACUGAAGAAACUGUGAAAGAUGACUAUGUAAAGAUACCCGAUGAGAUAUGUGUGCCUUACACUGGUGUAGAAUCAGACAUUGAUAAUCUUAUUGAUAGAGUGUUUCCUAUGUUAGCAACACACAUAUCCAAUUCAGACUACAUCACAUCUCGUGCUAUUUUGUCAACAAGGAAUGAGAACGUCGAUGACAUAAACAUGAGGCUUAUCGAAUGA